AUGGCCAAGGGACCCGAGCAGGGGGACGCCUUCCUGCACCUCCCGGCCGCGCAGGCGGUGCCCGCCGAGGCGCAGGAGGAGCGCUACGCGGGGCUGCUGGGGCGAGGCUUGCUGCCCUGCGCCCGGGAGGCGCUGCCCGAGCCGCCGCUGUCCGCCGGCAUCAAGGCAGAAACACGCUUCGGCAGCGAAGCCCUCUCCUCGGAAGAAGAGGAUGCGGAUGCCCGCGACGGCGCGCUGACAGCCGCCGACCAGAGCUCGUCUUCGAAGAAGAGCAUCGCGCAGAUUAUGAAGGACAAGAAGAAGCAGACGCAGCUCACCCUGCAAUGGCUGGAAGAAAACUAUAUUGUAUGUGAAGGAGUUUGUUUACCAAGAUGCAUCCUUUAUGCACAUUAUUUAGACUUCUGCAGAAAAGAGAAGCUGGAACCUGCCUGUGCUGCCACUUUUGGGAAGCUUCCAAAACAGGUAGAUACUCUUAUCAUGAUGUACAAAACACACUGUCAGUGUGUCCUUGACAAUGCAAUUAAUGGGAACUUUGAAGAGAUCCAGCAUUUCCUAUUACAUUUUUGGCAAGGAAUGCCUGACCACCUUCUUCCUCUGCUUGAAAAUCCUAUCAUCAUUGACAUUUUCUGUGUCUGUGACUCAAUACUGUAUAAGGUUCUUACAGAUGUACUCAUCCCUGCAACAAUGCAAGAAAUGCCAGAAAGGUAGUUUUACUGGCAAGAUAUAAGAAGUUUCGCAAAAAACUGGGAACAGUGGGUUGCUUCCUCUUUGGAAAAUCUACCGGAAAGCCUGAUAGAUAAGAAAUUGCCUAUUGCACGAAGAUUUGUUUCCUCCCUGAAACGACAGACAUCAUUCCUACACCUAGCACAGAUUGCUCGGCCAGCUCUUUUUGAUCAGCAUGUGGUGAAUUCCAUGGUGUCAGAUAUUGAAAAAGUUGAUUUGAAUAGUAUUGGUUCUCAGGCCCUCCUUGCAGUGUCAGGGAGCACAGACUCUGAUGGGGAAGUCUACAGUGAAUAUGACUCUAUUACAGUGUUCCAAGAACUGAAGGACCUUCUAAAGAAGAAUGCCACUGUGGAAUCAUUUAUUGAAUGGUUGGAUACUGUGGUUGAGCAAAGGGUUAUCAAGGCAAGCAAGCAAAAUGGGAGGUCCUUAAAGAAGAGAGCUCAGGACUUCCUUCUGAAAUGGAGCUUUUUUGGUGCUCGAGUGAUGCAUAACCUAACUCUAAACAAUGCAUCAAGUUUUGGUUCUUUUCAUUUGAUCCGCAUGUUGCUAGAUGAGUACAUCCUGCUUGCCAUGGAGACACAGUUCAACAAUGACAAAGAACAAGAACUCCAGAAUCUACUGGACAAAUACAUGAAGAAUUUAGAUGCGAGCAAAGCCACCUUCACUGCAUCACCAAGCUCUUGCUUCCUAGCAAAUCGCAACAAAGCUGCUCCUCUGCCCAGUGACACUUCAGUCAAAAAUGAGUGCCCAGGAGAGCAAACCUACUUAUCAGCUGGCCAGCCCAGCAGUGCACCUUCUGAUCUGAACCCCUUCACCACAGGAGAUGGAGAGAGUAUGCAGCUGACAGAUCAAAUGGAGCUGUCUGAAAGCACUGGUCACCUCAUGACUCCACCCAUUUCACCAGCCAUGGUCAGCCGAGGAAGUGUUAUCAACCAGGGGCCGAUGGCUGUGAGACCUCCCAGUGUAGGUCCCAUGUUAUCGACACAUUCACAGUGCUCUUCCUACUCAGAACCGCUUUAUCAGACUUUGUCACAGACUAAUCAGAAUUACUAUGGAAGCAAUUCAAAUUACCAGGCUAUGUUCAGGACACAGGCCCAUUCCACUUCGGGAGUUUACGACCACAGAGCAGAGCCCAGCCGAUUCAAUGCCUUGAGUGAACAGCAGUUCUCCAGAGACUACUUCAGCAACAGUUGUGCCGUGUCUCCCUACAAUGCCAGGUCCCCUUCCAGCUAUGGUCCCUCCAGCAUGUCUCAGGACACACACAGUAUGCAGUUUCUGAAUACCGGGAGUUUCAAUUUCUUGAACAGCUCAGUGUCUACAUGUCCAGGAGCAGCUUAUCCUGCUAAUGCUUCCAAUGGAUAUUAUGGAAACAGCAUAAAUUAUUCAGAUUCUCACAGACUUGGAACAAUGGUGGACCAACAUGUUUCUGUAAUCAGUAGUGUCAGCAGCAUCCGGUCACUGCCAUCCUACAGUGAUAUACAUGAUCCACUGAAUAUCUUGGAUGACGGCAGAAGAAAACAAGCAGGCUCAUACUACACAGAGUCCUCACCUUCAAUUGUCUGCCGGACCCCUAUGGCUUCAAAUUUGCAAACCGCAUCUUCUUCACAGUGUAUGUAUGGAGCAUCUAGUCAGUUCCCUUCCCAGGAAAAUCUGGAGGUCCAUGCCCCACCAAGCAGAGAUAUGGUGCCAUCUUUACCACCAAUCAACACUGUCUUCAUGGGAGCAGCUGCUGGAGGAACCUAA